AAUACAAUGUCAAGGCCUUGAUCUGCAACUACUAGGAGAAGUUGGUGAAGAGAAUAGCUAAUGUUGAUUAGAUUUUCUUUCCAGGUGGUUCUGAAUUUUGCUAAAAUGGAAGUUACAGGGGGCUAAACGUUUUCAGGUUCUAUGGAAUUGACUGGUAUUUGGGCAAUGUGUGGGGCUUUGGGCAAUUCAUACAACGUGAAAUUCAGUCGUACUCUCAACAAAUUCAUAGGCAGGAAGUACUGUAAGAGAAGUAUUGGCAUGGCAUCUGAAUCGUAUUGGACAAAACCAAAAAGAUCCUUAUCAUUUACGAUUCAGAUUCUCAACUCUCUGAUAUAUUUCAUGCCCUGGUCUCUUAAAAUCCCUAUAGGUGAUGGGUAUCAUGAAUUCCUUUAAUCAUAAUUCUGUCGUUCAGCAAUCUGGGUUCUCUUUCUGAUAAUCAGGCUGAUUUGAUAAUGGAUAAGAGAUGUACCGUCUCUUUUGAUUCAUCCAACUGCUCAAUUUAGAGAAUGCCUGGUUUUUUAAGUAGCAAAAAACUAUUCACAGAUUUAGAAAUGUGUUUCUCCACUACAGUCCCUAAAGAUCCACCAAAUCGUUCAAAAAUGAAUCCUCAGUUAACAUCUCUGGCACCUGAUGAACUUUACAGCCCUAUCUUACCUGGCCUCCCUGAUGAUGUGGCAAAGUACUGCCUUGCACUUGUUCCGCGCACUAAAUUUCCAGCACUGGGUGCUGUGUCUAAAAGAUGGAGAUCAGUUAUCCAAAGUAAGGAAUUCAUUACUGUGAGGAAACAGGCUGGGAAGCUUGAGGAAUGGCUUUAUAUCUUAACUGGAGAUACAGAUGGAAAGGGGAGCCACUGGGAGGUGUUGGGUUGCUUGGGAAAUGGACACCAGUUCCUUCCUCCUAUGCCUGGUCCAGUGAAAGCUGGUUUCGGAGUGGUUGUACUUGAUGGAAAGCUUCUUGUUAUUGCUGGCUAUAUGGUAUGCGAAGGAGCAGGAGUUGUCUCUGCAGACGUUUAUCAAUAUGAUUCUUGUCUCAACAGCUGGAGCACAUUGGCAAAUAUGAAUGUGGCACGCUAUGACUUCGCUUGUGCUGAAGUUGAUGGCAAGGUGUACGCAGUAGGAGGCUAUGGGGCUGAUGGUGAGACCCUCUCAAGUGCUGAGGUGUAUGAUACUGACAAAAAUGAGUGGAUCCUAAUAGAGAGUCUCCGUUGUCCAAGGUGGGGUUGUUUUGCCUGUGGGUUUGAGGGGAAGCUGUAUAUCAUGGGUGGUCGGUCUCGCUUCACGAUUGGCAACUCAAGAUUUGUGGAUGUCUACAACCCUGAGCAUCACACUUGGUGCGAGAUGAAGAGUGGGUGUACCAUGGUCACAGCACAUGCAGUGUUGGGCAAGAGACUGUUCUGCAUGGAGUGGAAGAACCAGCGUAAGCUAGCCAUAUUCAACGCUAUUGACAAUUCAUGGAAGAUGGUCCCUGUUCCAUUGACAGGGAGUUCAAGGAUUGGAUUUCGAUUCGGGAUACUGGAUGGGAAGCUCCUACUCUUCUCCUUGGAGGAGGAUCCAGAAUAUAGAACACUCUUGUAUGAUCCGGAAGCAGCUCCAGGCUCCGAGUGGCAAACCUCUGCAGUUAAACCAUCUGGUCUUUGUUUGUGCAGCGUGACAAUCAAAGCAUGAACAACUCUGUAUCCUGAAUCCUGAUCUCCUGUUUUAUUGACUUAGUAUGAUCUUUAGAAUAUUGGAUGAUGGUGUUGCAGUUUGUGGG